GAAAGCAGCAGAGACUCCCAUGACUUGUACGGCCUUCAAUCUCACCCCGAGCCCCCUUUUCCGUUCAACGACGACCCAAAUCCGAAACCCACACCCGACCUACCAUUACGGUUUCACCCGCAAGCUGAAACGAUGCCGUUUCAUCCCCAAGGCCACCUCCUUGGAGCUCCCGCUGCUCCCCUUCCCCUUGACCGAGGUUCUGGUUCCAUCCGAGAGUAAAACACUGCAUUUGUAUGAAGCAAGAUAUCUUGCUCUACUCGAGGAGUCAUUGUCGAAUUGCAAGAAGUUCUUUGUUCAUUUUGUGCUGGAUCCUAUUAUCAUUGAUGAUUCAUUGGAAGAAGCAUCAUUUGCAGCCCGGAAUGGUUGUUUGGUCUAUAUUGAAAAUGUUGAGAGAUUAGAAUUGGGAGCAUUAGUCUCUAUAAGAGGGAUUGGACGUGUAAAGAUUAUCAAAUUUGUGCAGGGAGAUCCGUAUUUGAAAGGUGUUGUCAUACCCGUGCAGGACAGGGUACCUGACAGCGUAAGCAGAUUAAGCCCCAAAGUUAUGCAAGUAAAAGAGGCUCUGUGUAGUUUAAAUAGUUUGGAAAUCAAACUAAAGGCUCCAAAGGACGCACCUUUACAGACUGAAAUUGCCAACUCUCUGAUGUGGGUGGAAAAGGAACUACAAGUGGACUAUGAUUUAGCUUUCUUUCCGUCCUUGGCUGAGCGUGUUUCCUUUGCGGCACUUCAACCCGUGUCAGGAUGUCAAAGUCGACCACUUAUCCAUGCGUUUGUGACUCCAUUAUCUGUUCUUAUAAGGUGGUGCAAAACACCCAAAAAUGUGUUCAAUCAUGCAAGUUACUCCAAAAGUUCUUACUCGGAGUCCUGUAGUCCAAGUUGGAGUAUUGGGUUGUUCUCCGCCCGUGCAUGGCAUGUAUGAACCUUAUUAGGCCCACAUUUAUCAUUUAUCUUUAUACAAGAUCUGUUGUGGUAGCUGGUUGAAAGGAUUAUGUAAAAUGAAGCAUAUCAUAUGUGCAGGUGGUCACAACCUUCCUUGAUAAUUUUUAGGAACUUCACAUUUGUACAAUAGCUUAUAAAGUGCCGAGGUUAUUUCUAGACUUCUAUGACCAACAGAUAGGAAGGGAUGUUGAUUGUAUUUCAAUACACCACCAGAGACUCUGGUAUAGGGAUGUAGAAGCUGAUCCUGUAAAAAAUCGUACU